AUGGCAGGGCGCGCAAGCUCCAUCGCGGAGGAUAUCAAGCCCGGGUCGAUCCCCUAUAAGAGGAGCCAGCGACCGUCCUGGUCCUGCACUGAAUGUGCUAGACGAAAGAUCCGAUGCGACAAGAAGGUUCCGUGCCAAUCCUGCAUUAAACGAGGCAAAGCAGAGAAUUGUCGACUUGAAGGUUCAUCUCGCGACGUUGCCGGCCCAUCAUCUCAGAAGCUCGACCAGCUUUCAGAACAGCAGGAAGGCGGCUAUGGCGGAGCGUUCGCCCGUUACUCGACGCAGCCUGCCCUGGGUCGAAGGGGUUCGUCGGUGUGCAGCGUGCAGGCGGACUCAGGUCAGUUUCCUCGAGAUGACGCAGACGUCUUCGUGCAAGGACUCUCGCGAUUGCAGAUGCAGCUAGAUCGCAUCGAGCAGCGCUUGAACCAGCAGGCGAGGCAAGAGGAGUCGAUCGAAGACGUCAAAGCCAGGCUCAACGACGUGGAGGAUGUAAUCUCGGUGCUUGGCGAGAGUCGGGCGAACUGGGCCAAGACCGCGGUCUCUUCUACCGCUGAUACUGAAGCGGGACGAACGCCCUUGGAUGUUGCAAGGGGAGAAGGCUCGAGCAACGACAAGGUGAAAGUCGGAGGUGACGAUCCUUCUCAAGCAGCCGCGCAGAUAGCUCGCCGGCUAGAUGCAAGCCUCCCAGCGAUGCGGCCACAAGGACGGAAUGCCGAGCUUGCUUCGACGGAUGCAGCCACCACGCUCGAGUUUCUCACACUCGGAAAGGAUCGACGCCGCGAUGUCGACUUUGACGUCAACUCUUCUGACAGCGAGGCCGAAUCUGCUGCUCCCGGAAGCCCGGAAGUUGCAGGCACCCGAGUUCAGGCUUCGAGCAAGACAAGCCCUGCUUCGUCCAAGGUCCGCAACGCAGAGGCAGCCGGGUUCGAUUAUGGCUUCGACGGAAGAUCACGCAUGCUCAAACAUCUUCGUCGCGGGCUGCCUUCUCGCGUCGUCUCCCGUAUAGAGACUCUGCUGAGAUUGCACCCGGACGACCUGCCGCCUGCCAAUCUACUUGCAAGACCUGCGACACAGCGGGUUACCGAGGGUAUAAAAGCUGUGACGCUCUCCUCUACCGAAAUACUUCGCAUAGUUGCAGUGGCGAAGGAGAUCGGCGCUUGGCAGCACUGCUGUGUUCACUUCCCAACUUUCGAACGAGAGGUCGAGGCAUUCGUUGCCAUCGCUGUCCCGGAAGAGGGAAUCACCGAAUACGAAGGAUAUCGCGCCAUCGAUCCGGCCUGGCUCUCGCUCUUCUAUGUCAUCUGCAGUAUCGCCAUCCAUCAAAUGUCGGAAGAGGAGAGUGCCUACUGCGGUCUCGGAUCCGAGACAGAGCGCAUGCGCACCGCCUCCGCCCUCCUAAAUGCGGCUAUGGACUGCCUCUCUCUGGCCGACUACCUUGUCAAACCAUCCGUCUACUGCUGUCAGACAAUUGCGAUCCUGUGCGUCGCAGGUCACAACAUUUGCGGCAGCGACCUACUCACUUCUCUCCUUGCCAUUGGAAUCAAGACCGCGCAGACGCUCGGCUUGCACGCACUUGGCCGUACUGCAAGAUUUUUGGAGGCGUGCGCAGUGCAACGCGGUCAGGUGCUACAACGUGCGGGUAUUCAAUGCAAAGACGCAGGAUCUUGUCGCCUCCCAGACGAGUCUCCAAGGCAAUUUGCGAUCUGGAAGAAGCGCAUCAUUGAUCUCGAGGUGGGCAAACGGGUCUGGUGGGCCUUUACGCAGCAAGACUACUUUGCUAUUCCCUUCAGCGGGUGUUUCUCCAUCGUCGAAGGGCAGUAUGACACUCCUCUGCCGCACAAUUGCUCGGACGAGGAUCUGGAAGAGGGCCGUCUUAUCAAUCGCGAAGUCAACGUACUCACCGUGGCCUCCAAGCAGCGCUUCACCUGUCACGUCGCCAAAAUUGUUUGUGACUUCUUCGAGGACCUCAACAAGACACGCGAGAUGCCGUCGCUAUCACUCGUCAAGCACCACGAGGAGCGUCUGCGCUUUGUGACAGAUCGCUUCAAGGCGUGUCUCUAUCCGAACCGGCCAGCAUCUCCACAGGGCGGCCUCACGUCCUUGCCCAGCUUCACCACGGUCUUGCAGCACUAUCUGUUCAUCUCGGUGCAGCACAAGAUUCUGGUGAUGCACCGUGCUUUCUUGUCUCGAGACGUUUCAGCUGAGGAAAGGGCGCUGUCGCACAGCGCUUCGAUCGAGACGGCUCGUGGAGUUCUGCAUGAGCUCGAGCGUGGACUUGGGCUCAACGCUGACGGGGAUGACAGACCCCAGCUGGAUCUGCAGUCCCGAGUACACGGUGGAGCAUUAUGGACCAUUCCUUAUCACUCUGUCGCCGCCGUCACUAUCUUGGCGCUGGAUAUGUUCGAGCCCGCCUCGAACCCGGACCAACGCGCAUUGCGACGCCAAGAAGUCAAACGCGCCCUUGAAGCGCUCGGUCGAUUCACACGCAAAAGUGCCAUCGCUCGCAGAGGAUGUCAGCUGCUCUCAAAUCUUCUUGCUGAAGGCGAACGUUUCGAUAGGCGACCAGGGCAGGCAAGGAAGCGCAAGAACACGGACGGAGUCGACUCGGUCCUCAAGCGCAUCCGGCUGCCAGAAGGUGAAGACGAUCCAGAGCAAACCCCCAAGACUAAUCCGCGGAAUGGUUCGGCCCCCAAGUCAUCCGCGACGGAGCCCACGAUGGUCGCUACCAACACUCAAAAUGAUCCGACAUUGGAGGCUAGCUGGUUUUCGCACUUCAACCAUGGCUCGGUUCGCUCGGACGUGUCUUCUGCAUUUGUCGAGGGUACGUCACCGGACGAAGAGUAUACCGGCCUCUUUCCCACGGCUUCUUUUGGAUACGGAUCGACUAACUUCAACCCACUUGCCGGCAAUUCAACGUCUCGGGCCAGCAACGGUGCCUCGUUCCACCCUGGCGAACCGGCAAAUUCGCUAUCGAGCAUGUUCAUCUCAUACAACGGUGGAGCAGGUUCUGCGGAAGCGGCACAAGGCGCCAGCCCAGCAAGCAGCCUGCGAAACGGAGGCAGUGAUCUAAGUGCAGCAGCAGGUAAAGCGCCAGUAUGGAGGGGCGACUUUGACACACCUCAGAGUAGCGAUUCCGUGGUUCCGGCACCGUCCUGGUCGAAUGCACAGCCAAGCACGUCGUUGGGUGGCAGCCAGACCAUUCUGCCAGGCAUGAAUCUCAACAUGCCACAACAACAGCUGGCCCAAAUUCUUCCAGCGCUCGAGUCUAUGCCCGACGUUUGGAAGCUGUUUGACGGUACGCUAGGUCAGAGUCUGGUCGCGUUUGAAGAAAGUGGAUUCUGA